AAAAGACAAAAAAAAGUCUGGCAAUGACAUUCGGAACUGUCCUGUGAUCUAUAUAAGCUCGAUUCACUCCAGUUAUUGGCCAUAGUCCUCUCUGUAUUCAGUCGACACUCAUCUCCGAAGCAACAUGAAUCUGGUUUCGAUGAUUCUGGCCGUAGCAAUGGCCCUAACAUGCCUGGUGAGCUGGAGCACCGCCAUGCCUGACCCUGACCCCCUAGCUUUCCCUGACCCCGUGGCUGACGCUGAUCCAGUGGCUGACCCUCAAUUUGGAUCACGUGGCUUCGGAUUCUCUGGAUUUGGGGGUCGUGGAGGCUAUGGAUAUGGAGGUACUGGAGGAUUCAGGGGUCGUGGAAGCUAUGGAUACGGAGGUCGUGGCAGCUAUGGAUUCGGAGGUCGUGGAUAUGGGGGUCGUUACGGCUAUGGACGUGGCGGCUACUACGGAUAAUCGACUUCCUGACACCACACUCUUCCAUUUCACAACAUGACAGAUCACCAACUGAUGUCUGUUGCUUAUUGAGAACAGGUUUAAGUGCAAUUCCCAAGGAAAAGUGGGUACUGUUAUUUAGAAUUUGAUUAACUACUAAAUAAAUGUGAACUGCU